AUGGCAGACACCAAGUCUUCAAGAGGCCUUGCUGCGACUGGUGUAGGGACUGUGGACUGUGCUCGACAUGAGAUGAAGCUUGCAAGUGGAGUAGGUGAUCUUCAAAAAGGGAAGAAGGUGGCUACCAGCACUAAGGAGAUGGGUCCUGGGUCUUGUCGUGACAUACUCGAUGAUAAUUUCAGUGAUUGGAACUGGAAAAAGGUGACAACAGUUGGUCAUAUUCUACUGUGCAAACUGAAGGAAGCUGUGGGGAGUGCUAAGAUGCACAGCAAUGAGCUAGCUGAGUUGCAGAGUGCAAUAGAUGCUGUGUCCUUGUAUGCAUGUAAAUCUGAAGUUGAGGCUUGGGAAGAUGAUAGUUCACAGCCCAACCCAUUUGAGAGCUGCAUAGCAUGCAAGUGA